AUGGAAGACGUGGGAGGAGCUGCAGGGGCAGGAGGGCAGGAGGGCGGGAGGGUUCGAUCGCCGGCACCCAAAGCUUCGGAGUUGGCGCCACGCCUGGUCCCCGGCUUGCCCGCCCGCUCCCGGGCUGCCUGGUUUAGUCCUCUCCUACCUUGUGACCCUGCCUCCCGCCUGGGGGACGACAGUGCCAGUGACAGUGAUGACAGCAAGGAGAGCAUUUUCUCCGGCCUGGAGGACUCCGGCAGCGACAGCAGUGAGGACACUGACCAGGAUGUGGACGAGGAUGAGGAUGAGGAUGGGACUGUGGCAGCUGUGGCACAGGCUGCCACCGCUCCUGGAAGCACGGCGGGGCCAGUGCACGCGCAGGAGGCUGAGGAGGAGAAUGAGAAUGAGGAGAACGAGUAUGCGCAGGACAGCUCUGAUGAGGAGGAUGUGCGGAACACGGUGGGCAACGUGCCCCUGGAGUGGUAUGCCGACUUCCCGCAUGUGGGCUACGAUCUGGACGGCAGGCGCAUCUAUAAGCCUCUGCGCACGCGGGAUGAGCUGGACCAGUUUCUGGACAAAAUGGACGACCCCGACUACUGGCGCACAGUGCAGGACCCGACGACUGGGCACGACGUGAAGCUGACCGACGAGCAGGUGGCCCUGGUGCAGCGGCUGCAGAGGGGCCAGUUUGGGGACGUGAACUUCGACCCGUUUGAGCCUGCAGUGGACUUCUUCAGCGGAGACCUCAUGAUCCACCCGGUGACCAACAGACCCGCUGACAAGCGCAGCUUCAUCCCCUCCCUGGUGGAGAAACAGAAGGUCUCUCGCCUGGUGCAUGCCAUUAAGAUGGGCUGGAUCCAGCCUCGCCGGCCCCGGGACUCCGCCCCCAGCUUCUACGACCUGUGGGCACAGGAGGAUCCCAACGCUGUGCUGGGCCGGCACAAGAUGCACGUGCCUGCCCCGAAGCUGGCGCUGCCCGGCCAUGCCGAGUCCUACAACCCACCGCCCGAGUACCUGCUGAGCGAGGAAGAGCGCCUGGCGUGGGAGCAGCAGGAGCCGGGAGAAAGGAAGCUGAGUUUCCUGCCAAGAGCGUUCCCGAACCUGCGGUCGGUGCCAGCCUACAGCCGCUUCAUCCAGGAGCGCUUCGAGCGCUGCCUUGACCUCUACCUGUGCCCACGGCAGCGCAAGAUGCGGGUGAAUGUGGACCCUGAGGCCCUCAUCCCCAAGCUGCCACGACCUCGGGACCUGCAGCCCUUCCCCAUGACCCAAGCCCUGGUUUACAGGGGCCACAGUGACCUUGUCCGGUGCCUGAGCGUUUCCCCAGGGGGCCAGUGGCUGGCUUCAGGCUCGGAUGACGGCUCUGUACGACUCUGGGAAGUGGCCACUGCCCGCUGCAUGAAGACUGUGCCUGUGGGGGGUGUGGUGAGGAGCGUGGCCUGGAACCCCCAGCCCAGCAUCUGCCUGGUGGCCGUGGCCGUGGAGGACUCGGUACUGCUGCUGAACCCGGCCCUGGGGGACCGGCUGGUGGUGGGCAGCACGGACCAGCUGCUGGGCACCUUCACCCCACCUGAGGAGCCCAUUGUGCAGCCAGCCCGCUGGUUGGAGGCCUCCGAGGAAGAGCAGCAGAGGGGCUUGCGGCUCCACAUCUGCCACGACAAGCCAGUGACCCAGGUGACCUGGCAUGCUCGCGGGGACUACUUGGCUGUGGUGCUGGCCACCACAGGACACACGCAGGUGCUCCUCCACCAGCUAAGCAGGCGCCGCAGCCAGAGCCCCUUUCGUCGGAGCCACGGGCAGGUGCAGUGUGUGGCCUUCCACCCGCUGCGGCCCUUCCUGUGUGUGGCCUCGCAGCGCAGCGUCCGCCUCUACCAUCUGCUGCGUCAGGAGCUCACUAAAAAACUGAUGCCCAACUGCAAGUGGGUGUCCAGCAUGGCAGUGCACCCCGCAGGUGACAACAUCAUCUGCGGCAGCUAUGACAGCAAGCUGGUGUGGUUUGAUCUGGACCUUUCUACUAGACCAUACCGAGUGCUGAGGCACCACAAGAAGGCCCUGCGAAGCGUGGCCUUCCACCCCCGGUAUCCACUCUUCGCCUCUGGCUCUGACGACGGUAGUGUCAUCGUCUGCCACGGGACUGUAUACAACGACUUGCUACAGAACCCGCUGAUUGUGCCUGUGAAAGUGCUGAGGGGCCACGUGCUGACCCGGGACCUGGGCGUGCUGGACGUGGCCUUCCACCCCACUCAGCCCUGGGUCUUCUCUUCAGGGGCAGACGGCACCGUGCGUCUCUUCAGCUAGCCCUGUGAGGGGCCUUGGGGCAAUAGAGCUGUUUCUCUCCCACUGUG